CAGUAGGCGGUUGUUGGCCGGUACCCAGUGUAGUGUGUGCGUGUUUACCUAAGCGCGACUAGCAAGACGGAAACAAGUGGACAGAGCGAGAAGUAUGACCACCAUGGCAAAUCUCGUGAGCCAGAUGACCCUUGUCUUACUGAGUCUGCUGAUUAAAGGGUGCGAUGCGAGCUACUGCUACUUUUCCUACUACUACUCCUAUUACUACUGUUAUUACUACUACUCUUACUCACUGGCUGGUGGCACCAUUGCUGGCAUUGUGAUCGGCUGCAUUGUGUUUGUGGGGUUGUGUAUUGCUGCCUGUGUGGUUUGCUGCAUUAAAGCUACAUCGAACUCUUCCCGAGGCACUGUUGUCAGGAACCCAAACAUGGCCGGCAACGUAGCUGUUGUCACCACAACUGCUGCCCAACAGGGCUAUGCAAUGCAAGGUUACACCCAACCUCCACCUGCAUACGGCGCCUAUCCGAACUACCCUGCGCCAGCAUACCCGCCACCAGGAGCUGUGCCUACUUCCGGACUUCCUCCAUCUUACCCCAACAGUGGCCCACCCAAACCGCCAACAUUGGGUUGAUGGGUGACUGGGAUCAGCGUGUGUGCUUCUCUGUACACAUAACUGCUCACUUACGAUGUUUAAACGUGUUGAAUACAAGAUAUACCAAAACUUAUGCUUAUGCAGUCUAUUAUUAUUUCUGCGUCCUUCGAUGAGUCACCCGCUUUCUUGCUUAUAAUAAUUACAUUUACCCUCAACACGUUCCAUAUAUUGAUUUUGUUGUACUGUUCUUUCUACAUGCUGACAGGCAAUAUGCCCUUAGGUCGUACAUUCGGUUUGCAGAUUUCAUUUUAUCCCUAUUUGUACAUGAAUUUUAAUAUCUACUAUAUAUUAUCAGUGCUUUUGUUUAUGAAUGUUUGCAUGUUAGCAUUAUGUGUGUUUGCGUACACCAUGAGGGUAAGUGGCCUAAGGAUACAGGUGCCAAAACAUCUCCCUAUUGUGAUUAAACCAGUCCCGGUCAUUGCCAACAGAUGUGACAUAUUUUGUACCUUUCACAGGGAACUUAUCCAGAUAAUCUUACCUUCCUACCGAUUUUAGAAACUGUGAUAAAUGUUCCAUAAGCGUUAUGCCAUAUAAAUAAGUCGUAAUUUCAGACGUGCGUAUACACCCAUGUUUUAUCCAACGCCUCCUCCUCCCUCGACUUUCCCUAGUCCCUCCUCACUCGAUUUUCCCUAGGGCAACCUCAAUGGAUUUUGCUGCUCCCCUCAUCACCUGAUUUUCUCUAGUUGGCCCCAAUGAACUUUAAUCCUGUCCCUUCUCACUCGACUUUCCCUAAUGCAUCCUCAAGUCCUUCCUCUCUUGAUUUUCCCUAGUUAAUCCUCCAGUUCACUAAAAUUUUACUGCGAUCUCCUCACUUGAUUUCCCUGAAAUCAACCAUAUUUUCUUAACACAGGAAAUCUUUGAUUGAAAACUUUCACCUGAAACCCGUUGGAAAUGGGAAUUUUAACUUCGUUAAAUGAACUUUAAUCCUGUCCCUUCUCACUUUUGAAUAGAAUGAAUAUCCGUAUACAGUGUGGUCUCUUUUACGCUACAAUGGGUUGAUUUUAUAUGUCACUUGUGUCUGUAUGUAUAAAAGAUACCAGUGAUUCGCUACAGCCAAUUUAUUCUAACAACAUCUGUGAUAUGAAAACGUAUGUUGUUAUAUUUCAAAAAUAAACUUUUUGAUAAGAUUUUUUAA